GAGAGAAGGAACAUAUAAGUUAUUAACCUCUAUUUAGAUAAAGUCGUCAGCAGAAGCCCUGAAGCCAGCUCUUUGUUGGAGAGAGAGGGAGAGAGGGAAAUUAACAGGUGUUAGAAACAUGUUGGCUCCUAAAUGAGAAUUUCCCCCUUGAUAUAUUCCGAAGGCCUGAAAGCAAAAUGAAAAGAGAAUAACUUUCUCUUUCAGCGUAAUUUAAUGCCGCCUCUGUUCUCCCUGAAACCACUUGUACAUCAUUAAAAUCCAUUUAUUCACCAAGCUUUUACGACAUCAAGCACCUGCUACAGACCGGGCAGUGGCGCCGCACGUUUGCGAUAAUAAAACGCUGAACCAGCCAAGCAAUCUUUGCCCCACAGACUCACAGUCGGCUGGAGAAAAAACCACAAGUACCUGGAAAUGGCCAUAAAAUUUCGUUACUUGUGAGAAUAAUUUGUGUACUUCUCCAGUAUCCCCUAUAUGCACGGUGACAGCAGAGAACACAAAUCCACUCGUAAAUGACAUGAGUUAGAGCAAAUUAAUUUCAAAAUGCAAUGGUUUAUAAUCUUAUCAGUUUUUCACAGAAAAAAAGUGGGAGGUGGGUGUAUCGUAAUAUGUUUGACGGGAUAUGACCUGGGACCGCCGAAAGUCUCUUUUUUUUUUUUUCAAGCGCCGGUGGCGGGAAGGCAAGAGGCGAGGCUGGGGAGGGGCCAGCGCUCACCUCCGGGUCACCUUUUCCUCCGGAGCUUUGCUUAACCCCUCACUGCUCCGCACGCAGCUCAGCUUCACCGCCACAGGGAAGCCCGCCUGGACGCUCCAGCGGGGCCCACGCCUCCGCUGUGCGCCCCAAAGACUCGGCGCUUCUCCAGGCACCAGCUGGAGGAAAAGGGUCCGUCUGUCCGUCUGUCUUCCAGACCGGCCCAGAGGCUCCGCCAGCACGGGCAUCUGGCCCUCUCCUCGGCCUCCGGAAGCGCCCAGCUAGGCGCAGCUCGCCAGGACCGCAGGCGACGGACGGUCUCUCUGGCUUCCCCGGGCGCCGGCCCCGCUCGGGUUACACCCGGGUUGGGGCUCCGCAGGCGCGCGGCGAGCAGGGCCCUCCGGGGGCUCCAGCCAGCGCGGUCUGGCACCACCUCCGAGCUAGCGGAGGGGACAGAACACCUCGCAGGGAGACCCGACCCGCCUCCCCUUUGCCCACCGCCAGCAAGACCCAGCCUCCGGGGUCCUCCCGCCCUUGAGCCCGGCGCAGGUGCAGGGGCGGCACCGCACCUCCUCCCACCUGGGCGCAUCCCUCCGGGCGGCCAUGGCGCGAGGAGAUGUACCGCAGGACAGCUACCACUUAGUCGGGAUCAGCUUCUUUAUCCUGGGCCUGGGCACUCUGCUUCCCUGGAACUUCUUCAUCACGGCCAUCCCGUACUUCCAGGGGAGGCUGGCAGGGGCCAACAGCACCGCCGAGACCCUGGGCACCAACCACACGGGCCCUGCAGACGCCUUCAACUUCAACAACUGGGUGACGCUGCUGUCCCAGCUGCCGCUGCUGCUCUUCACUCUCCUCAACUCCUUCCUGUACCAGUGCAUCCCUGAGACGGUCCGGAUUCUGGGCAGCCUGCUGGUCAUCCUGCUGCUCUUUACCCUGACGGCGGCGUUGGUCAAGGUGGACGUGAGCCCUGGGCCCUUCUUCUCCAUCACCAUGGCCUCCGUCUGGUUCAUCAACUCUUUCUGUGCAGUUCUGCAGGGCAGCCUCUUCGGGCAGCUGGGCACCAUGCCUUCCACCUACAGCACCCUCUUUCUCAGCGGCCAGGGCCUGGCUGGGAUCUUCGCUGCCCUUGCCAUGCUCAUGUCCAUGGCCAGUGGCGUGGAUGCCCAGACCUCCGCCCUGGGAUACUUCAUCACGCCCUGCGUGGGCAUCCUCAUGUCCAUCGUGUGUUACCUGAGCCUGCCUCACCUGGAGUUUGCCCGCUACUACCUGGCCAAGGAACCAUCGAAGGCUCAAGGUCAGGAGCUGGAGACCAAAGCUGAGCUCCUCCAUUCUGAUGAGAAGGACGGGAUUCCCAACAGCCCCCUGACUCUGGAUCUUGACUCUGAGAAGGAGCCAGAGUUGGAGCCAGAGGAGCCGCAACAGCCAGGAAAACCUUCAGUUUUCGUUGUCUUCCGAAAGAUCUGGCUGACGGCGCUGUGCCUUGUGUUGGUCUUCACAGUCACCCUGUCUGUCUUCCCGGCCAUCACAGCCAUGGUGACCAGCUCCACCAGUCCUGGGAAAUGGAGUCAGUUCUUCAACCCCGUCUGCUGCUUCCUUCUCUUCAACGUCAUGGACUGGCUGGGACGGAGCCUGACCUCCUACUUCCUGUGGCCGGACGAGGACAGCCGGCUGCUGCCCCUGCUGGUCUGCCUGCGUGUCCUGUUUGUGCCGCUCUUCAUGCUGUGCCACGUGCCCAAGAGGUCCCGGCUGCCCAUCCUCUUCCCACAGGACGCCUAUUUCAUCACUUUCAUGCUGCUCUUUGCCGUUUCCAAUGGUUACCUGAUGUCCCUCACCAUGUGCCUGGCACCCAGGCAGGUGCUGCCACAUGAGAAGGAGGUGGCCGGCACCCUCAUGACCUUUUUCCUGGCCCUGGGGCUCUCCUGUGGGGCCGCUCUCUCCUUCCUCUUCAAGGCGCUGCUCUGAAGUGCUCCGUCCACGGCUCUCCCGGCAGCUCUCUUCUCGCUGCCCCCUUUGGAGCUGAGACCCAGCGCAGGGGGCAAGGCGAGCCGGGCUCAAGCCCCUGCUGGGCUGAGGCCCCUUGGUCUGGGGGUGCCAGGAGGAGGCGGGCGCUGCUCUCCUUCCUGGGCUGGCAGUCAUUUAGGGUGCUACAAGGAAGAAUUCACCACCCGUCAUUCCAACCCUCACCCAGGAACGGAGCUGGCACAGACAGACUAUCUGGAUGUGCAUAAGACCUCACUGACAGGGUGCUGAUCAGGGAAAAGAGGGCCGGGGACCAUGGCCCUUCCUCACCGUCAGGAGUGCGUUUGUUAAUCACAAGAAACCCACCUGCUAAUCGCCAGGGAUCAGAGGCCACCAGCGGAGCCUUGCCGAGGUUGUGGCUGGUGUGACCCCAGCCUCAGGUUCAGAAUGGAGUGAGGGCCAGCCCAGAGAAGGAGCUCCUCUUCUCCCCAGGCCUCAGCAAUCUCACAAUCGAGUCCCUCGGACCUCAGGACAGAGGCUGCCGGGGCAGUUGAGGGAGCAUGGAGAAGGAACAGGUGUUAGGGGUUUGAGGGUGCUCAAAGGACCCUCUGGGCCUCCAACAGUGUUUUCAUUGUCAACACUUCCUGUCUCCACUCCCCAGAGUCCAGCUGGGCCUGGGUCCGGGAACCGCAGUUGGCCUGCAUGUGUGCACUGCACUUCACAGUGUGUAAAGCUCUUCCACACCCGCUUUCUCACCAAAGCCACAUUGAGGCCCUUGGAGGGAAACAGGCAGGGACUGUGCUCCCCCUUUGUACAGGUGAGGAAACCGAGUCCCAGGGGAAAGUGACUGGUUCGUGGCAGAGCCAGGACCCAGCCCCCCACUUCCCCGCCCCCCCAGUAGGUGCUGCUGUUCACCUGCUUCUCUUUUCCUUCUUGCUGUUUCUCCCUCUGACC